UGACACUUUACAUUCGUUAUGAGACUUUCUGAGAGCAGGGAGUCUUGUCCCAGUGUAUUUCUGCGGUUCCAAUAGAAAAUGGAAUCCUCCAGGCAUUGCAUCAUGCGGCCAGAUACGUACCCAUUUGACAAAGGUAUUCUGCCUUCCCACCUGCUCUUCACAGUUCUACUACUAGCACCUGACGCCUGCAUUCAGCUGCAUCGCGGGUGCAUUGUACUGCGGGUGCAUUGUACUUUGUAGUUCCUCGACCGUAUCGAACACGCAUAGAGCGCUUCUCUUGAAAGCAUUGUCUGUGCCCGCUCCCCGUCCCUCCUGGCAGACGUCCUUACCCAGCCAACGGAGACCAGCUACAAAAAUCCGAUGGCGAGCCGGGCUGACACGGAGGGCCCUGUGAAAUAUGAUGAAGCGCAGCUCAAGCUUCUUUCCUUGCUUGUAUCGAAACCGGAGCUGAAGGAUGCUGCGGCAACAAAGCUGGCUGCUGUGGCAGAAGAACUGGAAAAGACCGUCUCCUCAGACACCGGAAUGACGGACGUUGAGGCCCCAGUGCCCGUGCCGAGGUCUGUACAUCACGAGUUGCUGCAAAAGGUUCCGGAAGAGCCGUCGCCGAUCAAGAAGCUCAAGAACGGCUUUGUCGGCUUCAAGUCCCACUACUUUGAAAAGGAAUCCGAUCUGUUCGAGCCCCUCAAGACGGGCCAAUCUCCCAAGGUGUUCAUCAUCGCCUGCUGCGACUCCCGCGUGUCCCCGGACACCAUCAUGAGCGCGAGCCCGGGGGAGGUGUUCACACUGCGCAACAUCGCCAACCUAGUUCCCCCCAUGGAGGAGGCCGGCAAGCUGCACAGCACCUCCGCCGCGCUCGAGUACGCCGUUUUACACCUCAAGGUUGAGCACAUCAUUGUGAAGGGGCAUCGCGCCUGCGGGGGCAUCAAUGCGCUCAUGACGUCGGAGCCGGAUGCGGAGCCUGCGACGAUCAACGGCGCCCGGAGUUACAUCGGCGAUUGGAUGGCCAUCGCGGCGCCCGCCAGGGCCAAAACGCUCGAGGAGUGCAAGGGCAAGGACCUCGACACGCAGCUGCGCUACUGCGAAAAGGAGAGCGUCAACAACUCGCAGCGAAACCACAUCUAG